AUGGCUUCCGCUGCUCGGUCUGCUUCCCGGGCUUUCCUUCGCUCCACCCCGGCGACCUCUUCGUUCCGUCCGGCUGCUCGCAGCUCCCGCUUCGCCCUCCCCUCCCAAAGCCUCCGUACCUCUGCUCGCCGUGGCUAUGCCUCUGAGGCUGGCUCCGGCAAGUCCUCGUCUGGUGGCAUCUGGGCUCUUGGUCUGGCUGUUGCCGGUGGUGCGGGCGCGUACUUCUACCUGAACGGCGAGCCCAAGGGCCCCUUCGUCCCCACCAAGGACGACUACCAGAAGGUGUACGAUGAAGUGGCCCGCCUUCUGGCAGACGAGACCGACUAUGAUGAUGGCAGCUAUGGCCCGGUAAGUGUGCAAUUCCAUCAGAAACCUAUGAGGAAGGAAUUUACUGACGCCGAUUCGUCGCAACACCAGGUUCUGGUCCGUCUCGCGUGGCACGCCAGCGGCACCUACGACAAGGAGACCGGCACCGGUGGCAGCAACGGCGCCACAAUGAGAUUCGCCCCGGAGUCGGACCACGGCGCCAACGCAGGCCUCAAGAUCGCGCGCGACUUCCUCGAGCCCGUCAAGGCCAAGUUCCCGUGGAUCACCCACUCUGACCUGUGGACACUGGCCGGCGCCUGCGCCAUCCAGGAACUGGGUGGCCCGCAGAUCCCCUGGCGCCCGGGCCGCGAGGACAAGGACGUGGCGGCGUGUACGCCGGAUGGCCGGCUCCCGGACGCCACCCAGGGCCAUCGCCACAUCCGCGAUGUGUUCUACCGUAUGGGCUUCGAUGACCGCGAGUCGGUUGCCCUGAUCGGCGCGCAUGCCUUGGGUCGUGCACACACCGACCGCUCCGGGUUCGAGGGCCCCUGGGACUUUAGCCCGACGGUGUUUAGCAACGAGUUCUUCCGUCUGCUGGUUGAGGAGAAGUGGAACCAGCGCAAGUGGAAUGGACCUGCGCAGUUCACGGACAAGUCUACUUCCACUUUGAUGAUGAUGCCUACCGACCUUGCUCUCGUCAAGGACAAGGCUUUCAAGACGCACGUUGACCGCUAUGCCAAGGACAGCGAUGCCUUCUUCAAGGAGUUCUCAGAGAGCUUUGUCAAGCUCCUUGAGCUGGGUGUGCCGUUCCAGAGCAAGCCUGAGGACCGCUAUGUCUUCAAGGCCUCGGAGUAA